AUGGAUAGGAUCCCUUAUGCCUCAGCUAUUGGAUCUGUCAUAUAUGCGAUGCUAUGUACAAGACCAGAUGUAUCUUAUGCUUUAAGCAUAACUAGUAGAUACCAAGCUAAUCCAGGUGAACGUCACUGGACUGUAGUAAAGAACAUUCUUAAGUACUUGAGAAGGACUAAAGAUAUGUUUCUGGUCUAUGGAGAUGGUGAACUGGUAGUUCAAGGGUAUUCCGAUGCCAGCUUUCAAUCUGAUAAAGAUGAUAGCAAAUCCCAGUCUGGUUAUAUUUUCAUAUUUAAUGGUGGUGCUGUGAGUUGGAAAAGUUCCAAACAAGAAACUACAGCAGAUUCUACAACUGAAGCUGAGUACAUCUCUGCAUCUGAGGCAGCAAAAGAGGCUGUUUGGAUCAAAAAGUUCAUCACUGAACUUGGUGUGGUUCCUAGCAUUAUUGAUCCAGUAACUCUGUACUGUGAUAACAAUGGAGCCAUAGCACAGGCUAAGGUACCAAGGUCUCAUCAGCGAUCCAAACAUGUACUCAGGAGGUUCCAUUUGAUCAGAGAGAUCAUUGAGCGAAAAGAUGCAAUGAUAGAAAAGGUCCACAUUGAAGAAAAUCUUGCAGAUCCUCUUACUAAGGCGUUGUCCCAGCAAAGACACGAUCACCACCUGUAG